GGCUGACGCCUGCCCUCCGGCUGACAUCAGUCAGGUUCAGGUGGAGUCAGUCCACCAAGGCCGUGAGUAUAGCAGCGCUGCCGCUGCACAGCAGCCGCGGUGCGCACGACGCCAUUGGAUCUGGAGGCGGGGCGGGGCGAGGCAAUCGCUAGGCAAAGCUGUGGACCGCGCCCCCUCCCCUGAGGCCUCUCCCUCACCGCACCGCACUCCUCACUCGACUCCUUCCAACUUUGGGCAGUCUCUCCGAUCUGUGCAGAGGCGUCUCUCUCUGCACACGAGGUGCUUGUGAAUAUGCUACGUGCUACAACUGGGAAGAAGGAAGUAGCUGUCUGUUAUAUGAAUGGCCCUUUACCGUACGCCAUUGAAGAGAAUUACAGUGGAUGCUUCUUUGAUGACGAUGAUGAUCUUGCUCAAGUUCUUCAAGAUCAGGAAAUAUUGUAUCAACUAAUUCAAGGAAAUGGUGGUGGUGGUUCGUCUAUAACUCAUUCAGCUCCCAGUUCUAGCUAUGGCCAUGAUCAGACAUCAAAUGAACGAAAACCAUCAGGAGUUGCAAACUAUGAUUUGCAACUAGCGGUUGAUGAAGGUUUAGCUAGAGAGUUGCAAGAGAUGGAGGGCCAACUAGCCAACACUUCACUUAAUGGCAAUAAUGGAAAAAUUCCAACAACUUCUUCACCAUCCGAUAAUGGCAAUAGUUCUGCAACCAGACCUCCUCAGGUAGCAGUGGAGGAUGACAUUGAUCCAGAUAAUAUGACUUAUGAGGAACUGCAACAGUUAGGGGAAGCCAUUGGUACCGAAAGCAAAGGGCUGCCUGAAAGUGUCAUAGCGCUCUUGCCGACAUCAACUUACAAAAUUGGGAUAUUCUCAAGAAAGGAAAAACAUGAAUGUGUGAUCUGCUGUAUGGUUUUCAAGAACCGAGAUAGGCUGACUAAAUUGCCCUGCGAACAUCAGUACCAUCAAACUUGUGUCACUAAAUGGUUGCAGAUCAAUAAGGUAUGCCCUGUUUGCAAUAAGGAGGUUUUUGGCUCGUAAAAUGAACACUUCGGAUUCAUCGGACGGACAGCCCCAGCAACCAUUCGAAGUGUUGCUGUUAGAUGUGCAUCUUUUUGCUGCACGCUUGCAGAAAGGUAAUGCACUGUUUGGCUUGAGAUCUUAGCAUUGUCAGAGCUAGUGUUGUCUCUUGAGCAAAAGAAAUAAGAUCUAUGCUUUUGAACUUGAGUCACCGGGACAUGAAACUUGGUGCCUCACUGCUGUUCAUAUUAUCAUCGCCUAUAUCAUGUAUGCUGAAAUGUUGCAACUUCGAUGGAAUUAAUAACGGUAUUGUAACUGAGGCAUUGGUGAAAACUGAUUGUUUCUAAAUGCAAUCGCAUUAGUGAUCAGCGAAUGAUCAGAUUGCUGGAUUCUGACUUUCUCAACCAGCCA